AUAAUGGUCCAAAGAGGACCAAAAAAGGCGAACGUCACUCUGCUGAGGAAGCGGCCUUGCUGGGUAGCAACAGAGGCAAGAAAAAGGCAGCCAGUGCCAAAAAACAGAGGCGAUAAUGCCACACGCUACCCUAAGCAACAAUAGAAGGCAACUCGGAUGCCUUCAAUUAAACCUCCACCAUGCAAAGGCUGCCUCGGCUGAACUAGCAAGGAGGUUUAACAAACAAAACUUGGAUAUAGCUCUAAUCCAAGAACCGUGGGUACGUGACAGAGUCAUUGAGGGACUCCAAGAUGUUAAUGUUCACUACCACCGAUCUCGUUGCGAUCUGGACCAAGGUGCCAACAGACAAAGGCGAGCACGAGGUAAUCAUUGCCUCUGCCUACCUUCCAGGAGAUGAGGAAACUGCUCCAACAAGGGAACUUGUAGCCCUAGUCAACUACUGCAAGGAGAACCACCUACGCUGGAUAAUAGGAUGUGAUGCGAAUGCCCAUCAUACGAUAUGGGGCAGCACAAACAUCAAUGCGAGAGGUGAGUGCCUUCUUGAAUUCUUACUUAGAUAUAAUGUAUCAAUAGUAAACCGAGGCAAUGAACCAACAUUUAGGAAUGCAAUAAGGGAGGAAGUACUUGAUCUUACCCUAUGCAGUCCAAAUGUACUAUCAGAAGUCUCAAAUUGGCAUGUGUCCGGGGAAGCAUCAAUGUCGGACCACAGUCUUAUCAGAUAUGCAAAUACUCGGUGCCACUUUAUUGAGAAAAAGAGUGGUGAAAUACCUGGGAGCGUGGCUAUACUCAAAUUAGCCUACUGGGCGCAUAUAAAUAAUGCUGCGACAACAGAUGCCAAAGAAAGCGGCUUAUUAAAGACUGGACAGAUCUACUCCAAGUAUGCGGUCCCCCUAAAGGCUACUAGCCAACACAGAAAGACCAUCAGCCGACUGGAAGAUGCUCUACAGGUCUGUGAAGAAUUCAUCAGCAUAACCACAGUGAUCUAUAAGUUAAAAAAGGAAGAGGAUUAUGCAGACUGGAAUUUGGAUUUGGAAAUAUACAAAGAUAAGGUUAUGUCAGUACCUAGCCAGCUACGCAUAUCACGUAAUGCGUUACAAUCACCGCUAGCAAAAGAGCAGUAA